UAUGAAGCCAAAAAUGCUCCACCAUAUGAAGAUUAACGAAGCACAGAAGAUUGAUCUUCAGAAUAAAUUCAAUUCUAUCGUUCCAACACAAACUGAGUUAUUGGGAGGAUCUUCAGUUACAAGACAAUCUUAUGAUACCCAAAGGUUUUAUCGAAGUAUAAAUAACUCAAAAUAAGCUUGAUAAAAGAACAGUUAUAUCUUUGAAGAAAGUCAAAAACAGUGCAAAAUGUGUUCAAAAUACGUAUAAAAUUUUUAAAACUCAGAGAUCUUUAUCAGAGUUCAAACCGUUGGAUAACCUCACUAAAAUAAACAUGGGAAAGAUAUGUCAGGAAACUCCAAGGAGAAAUAUUAAGAAUGAAAGGAUUAAUAAUAAUAUCUUUGGUGAUGGCAAUAAAACACAUAAAUUUUAUGAUAAACUCUCUAAAUCUAGUAAAAGAAGACCAAAAACAACUUCAGAUAGUUUCAAAGAUAAUAAGGACUUAGGGGCUAGGAUUAAAGAUGCAUUAGUCAAACAGAAAAGAGCAAUGCAAAGGAAUGAAUUCUUUGUUAAAAAGGAUAUAAAUCCAGCAAACUUCUGCUUCUUCGAGAAUGCUAUUGGUCAUUUGAGAGCAAAGACGAGUCAUAUAAAUUCUCGUAAACCAGAAAGAGAUGAAAUUUUGAAACAAAACACCAAUCAUCGAGCUGUCAGUAGAUAUCUAAUCGAGAAGCCAAAUAAUGCUUCAAAGAUGUUUACGUACAAUAUGGGAAAGGCAGAAAUGAAUGUUCUAAACAUGGAGAGGAAAUCUCAAUCGAAACCUAUUCUAGGAGCAAAGCCGGGGGAUACACACAAAGAUUUCUUAAAGAACUUUUAAAAAACUAGUAACUGAGCCUUCACUGAAAGAUUUAAGAGCUAGAAGAAUGAUUCAGUCCUCAAGAGAACUUAAAAGAUCCCUUAAGUACCAAAACAAUAAAGAUAAAGAUGAGAAGAAGAAAACACCAACUAAAAGGAAAUUAACAGUCAGAUAUCAGAAUAGCACCAUAAAUUUAGUCAUGAAGACCUAUAACAAGUUUGAAAAAAGUGUGAAUCAAUACAAGGAGCUAAAAAGUAGUAUUUUUCCUAAAAAUAGAUGGGCCGAUUAAUGAAAGUGAAAAAGAACGGAUCUCAAAAUUGAUAGAGAGAGAACAAAA